AUCACGCGAUCAUUGAUUUAAUUUGACCGGUCUGCUCGCCCUAACUGGCCUACUAUUUAAGCACUAAUUUGCCGUUCUUCGUCGUACGUUAGUGAACUCUAGCUAUUUUCAGACAUGGCCGAUGCUUUGGUAGCCCAAUUAGGCAAACUGGUUGGCACGUGGAGUCUCGAUAAAAGUGAAAAAUUUGACGAGUACAUGAAGGCUGUCGAUGUCGGAUUCGUCAUGAGAAAACUGGGGUCCACUGUGAAGCCAGACGUGAAGAUAGGAGCAGCUGGGGACGAGGUUUUCAUAAGGUCCGAAUCAUCAGUCAGCACUCAUGAAAUCAAGUUCAAGUUAGGGGAAGAGUUUGUGGAAACGACAGCUGACGGCAGAAAGCCAAAGACGGUAAUAGAGUUGAAGGAUGGAAAGUUGAUCCAGGUCCAGAAGGGCGAUGGAAUUGUACCAUCGACCAUUACAAGAGAACUUCAAGAUGACAAUACACUUGUCUGUACGUGUGAGGCCAAGGAUGUCGUCUGCAAGAGGUACUACAAAAGGAAUGAGAAAUAAUACCCAUCACUAUCAGCAUCAUCAGCAUCAUCAUCAGCGGAAAUUAUAUAAAAUUAUGAACGUAAUUACCAUAAUUAUGAGGUAAUUAUUAAAUACAUUUAUUUAUGAAAUUAUGAUGGGUGUAAUGUUAGUGAUAAAUUAUUUCAAUGUGAAGUGCAUAGCUAUAAUGCCAUCAUCUACGAUUACUAUUAUUAUUAUUACUAAUGUUACUAUAAUAAUAAUAUAAUAUAAUAAUUAUUAUUAUUAUUUAAAAUUGUUAUUAUUUACUUAAAAAUUCCUAAGCAAACACUUCUUAAAAUUCUAAAGUUCAAUAGCUUAGCCUAGAGAGUUGAAUGAUAGAUCACGCGCGCGCGCACACACACACACAUACGCACACACACACACAUAUAUACAUAACACACAUAUACAUAUAUAUAAUUAUUAUAUAUUUUAUUAUAUAAUUAUAUAUAUUUGAUUCUCCCUUUGCUACCUUUAAAAGUAUUUUCUCCAGUUGAUGAUGUAUUUUUAAUGAUGGCGAAGAAGUUAGUUAUGUGUGCGUGUGCGUGUGUAUAUGUGUAUAUAUGAUAUAUUUUUGGUGAUGUGUGAUUUUUUUUUUCUUAAACUUCCAAAUGAAUUUACGUGACUCUCAUUUCGAUCGUUGCUGAUUUUUGAAGAAUUAUUUUAAUACUAAGCGUGCUAUCUCUCCAUUCAGAGGUUGAUUAAAUAUAGGUGAGAUUGCGAAGAUAAGAAUUUUUCUUUUAAAGUUGUUCAAUUAUUUGAUUGAUCAAUUAGUUAAUUAAUCAAUUACUUAAUUAAUCAAUUAGUUCAUUAAUCAGUCAGUUAAUUGUUGUCUUAUUGAUGUUGUCACAUAUUUUCGACGUUUCAUUGGUGUAAUUUUAUUUCUUUCUUUGUCCCAUUAAAAAUCAUUCAUUAUUCAAUGAAAAAUUGGAUGAGGAUUUUUUUUCAAUUCCAAAGUCAUUUCAAAGUCAAUGAAAUCAUUUACAAUACAUAUAGUGUAUGUAUAUAUACAUGUAUGAUAUAUAUAUAUGUGUAUAUAUGUAUAUAAAUAUAUAUAUAUAUCUUAUAUAAGUAGUAUUAGUAGUUUAGACUAUUGAUAAAAAGUAUUCUUUGUUUCUAUUCAUUCAUUUAUCCAAAUUUGUUUGGUUCCAUCGUUCUUGUUUUAUAAUUAAACUUAAUUAUGGUUUUUAUUAUGAAACUUAAUUAUAUUUAUUAUGCUUAUAAUUAUGGUUUCUAUACUUACAAGGUAGUUAUAUAAUUCUAAACAUACUAUAUGGUAUGUGCAGAUUUACUGGUGAGAAUUUGCGUCGUUAAAGGAAUUGUACUUCGACUGCUAUUGCUUCUAUUCGUUUGCUAUUCCCUCAAAAUGUUUAUAGAUUCAAAAUUGAUUUUUUUUUUAGAAAAAAAUUAUCUUAUCUUUGU